AUGAGCUCUCAAAGGGGGAACGUGGCUCGCACGCGGUCCCAGCGGCACCAGAAUGCGGAGGUCUUCAGAAACGAUAAGCAUGAUACUAGUGCCCAGCGCAAGAAACUCAAUGCAAAACAGCAUGAAGGUCUGUGUCAACAUUGUAAAGAAGUCUUAGAAUGGCGUGUGAAAUUCAACAAGUACAAACCACUAACUAAGCCUAAAAAAUGUGUGAAAUGUCUACAGAAGACUGUCAAGGAUUCUUACCACAUAGUGUGCAAACCAUGUGCUUGUGAACUGGAUCUAUGUGCUAAGUGUGGGGAAAGAAAAGAAAUAGUUACUCGGAUUCAGACAAGCCCAGUGAUGACUGAGAACCAGCCUGCUGAAAAUGAUCUGCAAAGGGAGAGCACAGGGGAUAACUCUGAGGAUGGUGAUGAAUUAAAGUUAAGUGGUUUGGAAGAUGAGGAUGGUCUAAAUUUACUCGUGCAAGGGAUUAAAAAUUUGAAACCUGAAAGGAUAGAAGUCCAGUGACCUCUUUGAAGAGAAGGUUCUGAUAUGAAUUGAAUUUGUUGCUAGAAGACUCUGU